AUGAAGGUUAGGAUUACUGACCAUAACACAUUUUGGCAUGCACCUCAAUUACUUCCUUAUAACACUUCCCCCCCUCGUUUGAUUCAUCGCUUAGCUCUAUUAUUAAAAAAGAAAAAGCAUUUCCUCAACACUCAGCACCUCAAGGAAUCGGAAACGGGAACUACAAUGUCAGGAAACCAAGGAAGAAAGCGACAGCGCAGCUCAUCACCUGAGCAGUCAGAAGCUUUAAAGGAACCAUCAACUACUGAACAAAAUAAACUCACCACCAUUACAAUCACCGAAGAGACGCGUGACGCCAGUAAUGAUGAAACUGUGGUGUCGUUACUGAAUGAGCAUGAGAAAUUGAUUAAACAAACGACACGGCUGGAAAGCAGUGUGAAGGCACUUAGGUGUUUCAUGAGUAAUCUCACAGCUAUGAGUGGCGAAAGGCAAGGUGGUGUGUGUGAUGACACCGAAUGCAUACAUAGAGUAACGUUAUAUAAUGCUGCUGAUAAUGCCUUCAGUGACGAAGGACUAUAUGAAGGUGCUCUUUCCUCACUCUGUGGCCGCAUUCAAGCUAAGAAAUUAACCAUCACGUUAUCAAAAGGUUGGAAAUUUAACUUAGAAGGAGUCAGUAAGCUAAAACAGUUGGAAGAGUUACGCAUUGAAUAUCCGCGGGGCAAACUUGUGAAUAUGAUAUCUUUGAAUAACCUUGAUAUGUUGAAAAGGCUUUGUCUCAGGAGCAACAAUAUUGACAACAAUGAUAUUCACUGCAUAUUCAGUGUUGGAACACUGGAGGAGUUGGCUAUUACUGACACCAUGCAACUGACAAAUAUCAGAGGAAUCUCUCGCUUAACUAACCUAAAGUGUCUUGAGUUAAAUUCCACAGAUAUUGAUGAUAGCUGUAUUGGGGAAAUAAGUGCAUGUGUUAAACUGUCCAAACUGAGUGUAUCUGAAUGCAACAAUAUCACGGAUGCAACCCCAAUUUCACAACUUGCAGCGCUUGAAGAGUUGAAUGUAAACAGCUGUUACCACAUAACGAAGGGAAUAGGAACACUUGGCAUGUUGUUACGAUUGCGUAUGCUUGACUUGAGUGGUGUACCUGUGGAAGAUAAUUGUCUGAAGGAUUUGUGUGACUGUGGAUCGCUUGAAAGGCUGAACCUUUCUUAUUGUAUUCAGCUGACAGAUAUCAAUCCACUCUCCAGCGCCACUGCUAUUGAGGAAUUGAACCUUAACGGUUGUCGCCGAAUAACACGAGGGAUAGGCGUUGUGUGGGCAUUACCAAAGCUCCGUGUAUUGCACAUGAAGGAUGUGCAGUUGGAAGAUUCAGUUAUUGGUUCACUAGGGAAUGGUAACUCAUUUGUAAGGCUCAGUCUUGAGAAUUGCGCAGGCUUUGGUGAUAUGACACUCUUAUCCAGCAUUGUUACACUCGAGGAGCUGAAUAUUCAAAAAUGUGCUGACAUCAUUAGUGGUGUGGGUUGCCUUGGUACACUACCAUACCUGCGUGUGCUUAACGUAAAGGAGGUACACAUCUCGUCCCUUGACUUUACUGGUAUUGGUGCCUCAAAAUCCCUUUUACAGUUAACUCUGGAGAGUAUCACGGGACUGAUUGAUGUGGAAGCACUCGCCAACAUUUUGACUCUGGAAAAACUAAGCCUUCACGGCUGCACGGGUAUUGACGCAGGAAUUGGAUGUCUCGGAAACCUGCCACAGCUUAAAAUGUUGGACCUGUCUGGCACAAAUACCGACAAUGAGUCUCUCAGAAGUUUAUGCCUAUCACAGACAAUGGUGUCCCUCAACCUUUCCCAUUGUUGGAAAAUGACAAAUGUGUCCCAUAUUUCAAGCCUCGAGGCAUUGAAUGAACUGAAUUUGAACAACUGUUUUGGAAUAAAUGCAGGAUGGGAAGCAAUUGAAAAACUUCAGCAGCUACAUGUGGCAAUCCUCUCGAAUACACAUAUUACUGAUAGAGACAUAUCCCAUUUCAGCAAGUGCAAAAACCUUGUUACGCUUGAUCUUUCUUUCUGCAAUAAGUUACUUGAUGUUACAACUCUCUCUAACAUCACUACGCUUGAGGAGUUGAAUCUUGAUAGUUGUUCAAACAUCAGAAAAGGGCUGAGCGUUCUUGGAGAGUUGCCACGGCUUUGUGUGCUGAACAUAAAGGGUGUAGAGUUGGAAGAUUCAGUUAUUGGUUCACUAGGGAAUGGUAACUCAUUUGUAAGGCUCAGUCUUGAGCAUUGCAAAGGUUUCGGUGAUGUCACGCCUCUCUCAAACCUUGUUACACUUGAGGAACUGAAUCUCCACUACUGUGACAAAGUAACCUCUGGAAUGGGAACACUGGGCAGGCUACUGCAGCUUCGUGUACUGGAUUUGGGACGGACACAAGUUGAUAAUAAUUCCCUUGAGAAUAUCUGCACAAGCUCAAUCCCACUUGUGUUAUUAAAUCUUUCGCAUUGCAAGAAAAUAACAUCUAUUUCUGCAAUAGCUUCCCUUACAGCAUUGGAGGAACUCAACAUUGACAACUGCUGUAAUGUAACAUCCGGUUGGAAUGUAUUUGGCACACUUCACCAACUGCGUGUGGCCACACUGUCGAAUACACGCAUUAAUGAUGAAAACGUACGGUACGUUAGCGAGUGCAAGUCUUUGAAUACACUCAACCUUGCGUUUUGCAAAGAUAUAACAGACGUCACAGCACUUUCUAAAAUUACUAUGCUUGAGGAGUUGAACCUUGAUUGUUGCCAUAACAUCAGAAAAGGUAUUGAAACUCUUGGAAAGCUUCCCAAGGCACGUAUCCUAAGCAUGAAGGAAUGUUACAUGGGAGACAGUGAUGCGCAACAAUGUUCCAUCCUUGGGAAUAGUAAGUCACUUGUGAAACUGAAUCUUGAGAGGUCAAUGGGAUUCAUAUCUGUGAAAGCUCUCUCUAACAUUGCGACGCUGGAGGAACUGGUACUUGAUCAUGCACGGGAAGUAUGUUGCAUACCGUCAUUUUCCUGUCUGCCGCGUCUUCGAGUACUGAAUCUGAAAUAUACGGAUAUCAAUGGUGAUGUAACUAAAAAUAUUUCCGAAUCAAAAUCGCUGCGAUUACUCAACUUAUCACAUUGUAAAUGGGUAACUGAUAUAUCAGUAUUAUCUUCCCUAUCGACACUGGAAGAGCUGAAUGUUAGCUCCUGCUAUGGAAUAAAAAAGGGUUGGGAGUCGCUCGGAAAGCUGCCUCUACUACGUGUAGCAAUUCUAUCUGAUACUAACAUCACCGCUAAAGAUAUAGCUUGCCUCAGCAGUUGCAAAACACUUGUGAAACUGCAGUUUUCUUGGUGUGAGGAGUUGUCAGAUGUUACGGUGGUGUAUGAGAUUCAAUCACUGGAGGAGCUGAUAGUUAAGAAGUACUCAGACGGCCUAAAGGGACUAAAUGCCCUUGGUACACUUCCACGGUUGCGUUUUCUCCAUCUGCGAAAUGUGAGAGGUAGUGAUAUAUCUGUUGAAUCUAUUGGAACGAGCAAAUCUCUCGUGAGGCUUAAUAUUGAAAUGCGCGGGGAGUUAACAGACAUAACACCCCUCUCCAACAUCACAUCCCUUGAGGAAUUGUCAUUGUGGGAAUGCCGUGAUACCCUGGAAGGAGCUUGGACACUUGAGAGGUUACCACGGCUUAGAUCGCUGGAUCUGGGUUUAUCUGACAUUAGCGAUAGCACACUUUAUUAUAUUUGUCUGUCCCGAUUCAUUACGUCACUCAACCUAACCUCCAGUUGGAAACUAACAGACAUAUCUGGUAUAUCAAAGCUUACGGCGCUGGAGGAAUUGAAUCUGAGAGGAUGUCACCGCAUAACUUCAGGCUGGGAAGCACUAAGCGAAUUACCACGACUUCGUGUGCUCAACUUGGAAUCCACCAGUGUUACGACGCGUGACGGUGGAUAUUAUAUCAGCAGAUGCAAAUCCCUCGUCACACUGAAUAUUCAAUUGAGUGAUAUGACCGAUGCUUCAUGUCUUGCUAAUAUCAAGACACUGGAGGAGUUGCAUAUAGGGGAAUGCGACGAGCUAACGCAGGGGUUUAGUGCACUUUUCACUCUUCCGAGGUUACGCAUUCUUAACCUUAUGGGUUCUCUCAUUACAGAUGAAGAUCUCAGAGAAAUUCAACCACCCCAUACCAUUGAGGAGCUCAAUCUUUCUUAUUGUAAAAAUCUUAAUGAUAUUACACCACUUGGGAGAAUAAAAUCAAUUAAAAAAUUGCAUCUCAGUCAGAGCCAUGAUGUCAGAAGGCUCAGAGAAGGAUUCAGGAGUCUUUUGGAAUUGCCAUGUCUUUCUUGGGUUGAUCUCAGGAACGUGUAUGGCUGGUUUGAUGUUUAUGUUGAACUGAGAAAAAGAAGGGUACAUAUCCGUUAA